AAUAAUAUAAUUAAGUAUUUCCUCUGCUGUACACCAAUAAAUACAAUUGAUAUAUUUGUUCCUAAACAAAGUAUUAACUACUUUAUUAAUUUUGAAAAACAACAGGAGAUUUUACAAAACACAGUAAAUAGUGAUUUAAUUAAAAAAUAUCCUGUAAAACAAUCCUAUCAAAGAGCAUUUUUAAAAUGGUUCAUGAGUAAGAUUGAAGAAGGAGGUGGUGAAAUAUAUGAUAGCAUUUAUACUGCAUAUUGUAAAUUAAUAUCUGCUUCACUAGAUGAAUCCAUUCAUUAUCGACACUUUUUAAUACAAAAUGAUUGCAUUAGUAUACAAGAAAGUACAAAUAUUAUAUCGGAAGGUACAACAGGAUUAUGUAGUUGGCAGGGUGCUAUUGAAUUAAGUAAAUGGUGCAUAGAAAAUAAAAAUAAAUUCUGCAAAAAAGUAAUUUUAGAACUUGGUUGUGGAGUUGGAUUAACAGGAUUAUGCAUUAUUAAAAACUGUUCUCCCAAACAAUAUAUAUUUACAGAUUGUCAUAAAACUGUACUUGAAAUGGUUUCUGAGAAUGUUAAACUUAAUUUAUUAUAUAAGGGGAAUGUACCAGCACAGUUAAAUCAUAAUAGAUUAAAACUGCAAAUAACACAUAAUCAUACAGAUGUUAAAGUAAUGGAGUUAAGAUGGGAAGAUAUUAAUAAAUAUAUAAAUGAACAAUGGAUUAUACCUGAUAUAAUAAUUGGGGCUGAUAUUCUAUAUGAUGCAGAUUCAUUCUAUGCAUUAGUAUUAGGAUUAAAAAAUUUUUUAUCCUUCAAUGACAGAUAUGUCAUUAUUGCAGCAACAAUUCGUAAUGUGGAUACUAUUUCACAUUUUGUACAUCAUUUAGGUAUUUUCUUCAAGGAGUAUAGUAUACCACAGCAUAUGGUACACAUGUCCUUAACAAAUUUACCUAUUAAAAUAUUGAAGAUUUUUCAGAAAAGAUGA